GACUGUCAGGAUUGCAUUUCGCUGCCAGUGUGCACAGACGGGGAAUAUUAUGGAAGCUGAGGACCUGAGUUAGGCCAAGAUGUGACCACGAGGGCUUGUGGUGGUCUGGAACUAGCCUCCCGUAAAAUAUAAAUUGAUUCCUUUGAUUUCACCUCAAAGUCAAGAUUCUUUCCCCCUGAAAACCAUAAUCUCACAACAAUGCACUCCUCCUCCCGGCCUUCCGUUCCUGCAAGGCCUCGUCGCUUUGAAACCAACAGACAGGCAGAACCAAAGACACAUGGUCCAGGUGCCAGGAGGGAAGACAAAAAUAUGAACACUUCACUCAACACAGCGACCUCUUCCACCCGUCGGGUUACUCGAGGUCCCCCUGAGUCUUCCAGGUUCCGUUCGGGAGCCCAAGCUGCCCGUAACACUGCAGUCAAACCUACAGUAGCCCGGCAACAGAAAAACACAACUCAGUCAAGUGCAGCCAAUCCAAAGCCGAAGAGCAGACAGGCUGUGUCCAACUUGCCUCCUGUUGUGACCGACCCGAACUGCAACGAGCCAAGCCUGCCUUGCCUGUGCUGUGAUGGUCGUUCACCGCAGGACAGCAACAGCCUCUUCAAUCACAACCACAACAACAACAACACCAUCACCAUGAGACAGCAGCUGCAGCUGCAGCAGCCCUCCAUACCCCGCAAAGAGGAGGAAGACUGGCAGCGCAAGCCAGUGGUGGAGAACAAGGCCGAGACCAAGCCAGAUCGCACUGCAGAGAAAGCAAAAGAGGCAGCGAAAGGCUCAAAAGGCCCGGUCUCUCAGGUUGAUAAAAAGAAGGAAGAAAACUUAGCGGUAGAAGACAAAGAAAGGGUGGGAGAAGAAGACUCUGAUAUUGAAGUCGCCGUUUCCCCAGGUGUAGAUCCCAAUGGAAACGACCAGGUGGCAGUGGGAGAAGAAGAUGAUGGAGACGAUGAUGAUGACGACACUCUCGUGCCGUCCUGUUGUGACUGUCCAGCGUCCAUGCUGGAGUUCUCGUUGACCUCCUCCACCUCCUCCUCCUCCACCUCCAUAAGUAGCUGCUCUGAUCUGGAGCUGGACUGUCCUGACACAUACUCACUGUCAUCUCAAGACCAGGACGUCCCAGAGCGGUACCCAUCAGCACGUUCUCCCGUUGCCCAGUCUCAUAUCCUGCCACUCGACCCUAAUGUCCCCUCGGGUCAUCCUAUGUCCCCGUGCUCCCCGGAUGAAGGUUACCCAUCUGCUCCAUGCUCUCCUUCAUCCGAUUUUGCAGACUGCAAAGAGGAAACAGAGGAAUUUGGCACAAAGCCUGGCCUUCUAAACUUUUUGGAUUCCAUGGAUGAACUUGGGAAAAUGGAUCGGUUCUAUCACGUUGUGCAAGUGGUGUGUUGGGAGCUGGAUGACGAAAUGGGCCUGAGAGAUCGCCUGGACCACCUGUACAGACUCGAGAAGGUGAACCGGCAGGUGAAACUGUUCCAUCUAGCGAAGCUUCAAGAAGCAGGACUGGACCUGGAAGAUGAGGACAUCUCUGAUGUCUUGGACGAGAUGGGGAACAUCGACAUUCCCUGGAAGCUGUACAAAGGCGAUAGCUCAUGCGACUCCCAGGAAUUUUCCGAUGCUGGAGUGGACGUCAGUGGCCCCUCGGAUUUGGAUGAGCCAGCGGUCCCAGACUCUCUGGGCUCCUCGCCUGUGGAGCCGCCUCCUCGUCCGCCCAAGCCUCCAGUGAGACAUGUGAGUGCCCAACCUGAGACUCACACAUACAUAAACAUUGAGCAGAGCUCGCCGGUAGUAUCCUCCAGCCCCUCCCCAACAUCUAGUGCUGUCAGCUCAUCAUCUCCUUCCUCACAUUUGAUCAAGAAACCUAUUCCCGAUCCUCCACCCCUCCCGCCUCCCCCCUCUCAGGCCAUAUCCUACUUCACCCUCUACUCAGCCAGCCCCUGUGCCCCCUCUCCCACACCCCCCAUCCCUCCCCCCAGGACCCGUCACCUUGCCCGUCGGGAGGCGCUCAGGUGCGCCCAGCUUCAGGCCGAGCAGUCGCCCAUGUCUCUCCCGCCCCCCACUUCCAAACCCCCUCCUCUCCCUCCUCCUCCAGCCCUACCCUCUCCACCCAAAACCCCCCCGCCGCCACCAUCACUGCCUCCACCACCUUCCUUCCACGCCCUGGACGUGGAGAUCCAGAAGCUGCUGGCGCUGGCUGGUCUCACCCAGGCGGAGUUGCUGAAGCUGAGCCCGGAGCUGGGCGUCUGCGUCGACUAUCUCGGGGUGGAAAAAACGUGA